AUGCUUCACCUGGUCUUCACACUAAAGAUGCGUGUCCUUUCGUGUCUCGCCCUCAUCGCUAUCGCAACUGUCGCGACCGCCGAAAAUGCCGUGGUUGACGACCUCAUGAACAGCGUCACCGAUGCUGCAGGUACAGCGGUCAGCAACGCUGCGAACACGGUCACCGAUGCCGCCACAAGUGCUGCCACCGAUGCUGCCAACACUGCAGUUGAUACGGUCGCUAGCGCAGCCGGUAACACGGUGGACUCGGCCGUCGAUACCGUUGCUAACGCCACCGGAACAGCGGCAGACACGGUUUCCAGCGCCGCCAAUGCCGCCGGCAGUCUGCUUGACGAUGCGGCCAGUAUUGCCAGUUCCCUCGCUGAUGACGUGGCGAGCGCCGCCGGAUCUGUCUCCGCCUCGGGAUCCUCUGCGGCUCAAUCAAUGUGCCAGUCUUCAGGCCUCGUCAUGGCCGCCCUUGCGGUCGCAGGGCUCGCCCUCAACUUCGCCUAA